AUGCCGCUGCCGCCGUCGCCUUGCCUUUCCCGGAGCAGAAGCGAGCAUCCGGCCACGUCACCGCCACCACCGCAGUCACUUGAAAUCCACACCAAUAGGUCAAAUUCCGGCCGGUCAACGUCGGUCCAACGCUCGAAAUCAACCACAAAAUCAAGAACCAAGAACAAAGUCGAAGAGAACAAUUUAAACCCUUCAAUGACAAGUCCCAGAAUUCCCAAGAAACUUAAAGAUCAGCAUAGCAUAGAUGAUCACGCUUCUGUUAAGUUUCUGCAACGUACUAAUAAUGUUAACGAUCAAGUGGCGGUGGCGAAGAGGGUGAGAUCUACAAUGCCUGGUUCGCCUUCUGCAUGGGCGUUGUCACCGGGAAGAUCUUCACCGUGUUCUUCUCCGGUACUACAAAAGUCACCUGGUGGUGGUGGCCGCGGUGGUGGAAUGAGUGGGGUUUUGAAGUAUUUUAGGCAGAAGAAGAAGGUGGCAAUGGUACAAGAAGAAGAGUUUCAUAGGUUUAGGAUAUUGCAUAACAGAUUGUUGCAAUGGAGGUUUGUCAAUGCUCGAGCUCAGGCUUCUAGGGCUGCAAUGAAGGCUGUUGCAGAGAUCAAGGGAUUGAUAUCAGGUGUGAUACUUUAG